AUGAAGCUUUCCACAGCCCUUGGACACCUCGCGCUACUCACAGCAUCCCUUACAGACGCUGCUGUAGUAGCUCGACCUGAAAACGGGCUCCUCAACAAGAGAGCCAACAUACAGAACCCACAGAAUGCUGGCGUGUUCGUCUACCCGCCAGACGGCCUGAGCUUUACGCAGAUUGCCGCAGUCCUCACGAUUCCGUCCAGUGUCACCGUCCCAGAUGGUGCUCCAGCCGGGAAUUACUAUGGAUCUGCCUGGAUUGGCCUUGAUGGCGAUGCCAAUGGCGCUACUUCCCUGGUCCAGACAGGUAUCCGUUGGAACUUGGUCGACAAUGUUCUCUCCUGGCAGACGUGGUACGAGUGGCUACCCCAAGCAGAGACCGACAUCUCGGAUGGCAGCAUCACUAUCCAGCCCGGCGACCAAUUCACAUUGAUAAUUCACGUGGACUCUCCGACCCAGGUCACCAUCUCCAUAACCGACACGACGCAGAAUGAAGCAGCUCAAACCUACGCCGUGACCGCCCCGGAGGGCUCAAGUGUUUCGGGAAACACGGCCGAGUGGACCGUGGAGAACCUGCAUCCGUCACAGAACCUCAAUUUUGCUGAUUUCGGGGUUGUCACUUUCGCGUCUUGCUCGGCGCAGCUGUCGGAUGGCUCGUAUCAGUACCCACCCAGUGGCGAUGAUUGGUAUAUCGUCGACGACGCAGGGAACCAGCUCAACUAUGUGACGGUGGGCGAUAACACUGUGACCGUCCAGUAUCGCCCGUCUGGUGGCAGCGUCGGUUAA